AUGAGUCGUACACAAGAAAGUUUUUGUACUUCCUUUUGGUCGUCAUCAGCAGAGUCGAUUCCAAAUUACCUUAAGGGAGUUCAAGCCCUUCACGACAAACUUUCGAAAUCAGUUAUUGAGAAUGAAGCAAUUCUUACGUAUUUACGAAAACGUAUUGAUAUUGAAAAUCAAUGUGCUGAUUUGAUGUCAUCAGAACUUUCACCGUCCAUGACAUUAGGUUCGAAUGUGAUGGAGGAGUCAACGAUGAAUGCAAGUCUGAGAGGCUCAUUCGAAACAGUCUGUCGUGAAAGUUCCGAAACGGCUCAAUGUCUUCGAGUACGUGCAGGAGUACUUGCACAGGAUGUGUUGGCACCACUUGAGAGAUUCACUCGAGAUUUUCAAAAUACACUAACGCAUAAAAGAGCAAAAUUAGAGAAUGAGAUAGUUGAAUAUGAGCAUGCAGCACAAUCUGCACUAAUGACACGAUCCGUUUAUUGGUCUCGCUGUCAUGCGUUAGAAUUAAUUGAACCUGAUUUUAGAUCUCCUAUCCCUCCAGGAUUUAAAGAAGAGGAUAGCGAGGAGGAAGUGAUAGAUGCGGAAAAUGAUGCAUUUGUGGUGGGCAGCAGCAGUAGCAGCAGACGCCGACGAUCGAGUUCAGUUACCUCUGAACUCAACAUAGACCAUGGUGGUGUUCGAUUAGGUAAAUAUACAUUAGUACCUUAUCAAGAGGUAGCACGGUCCAUAAGUCGAAUGCAAAAGAUGAUUGAAGGAAUAAAACCAAAUGCAACUUCCCCUAUGUAUCGCUACUUGGGAAAGGAUAUCUUUGAAUGGGUGCGUGAUUAUCUUGCUUCACCUCCACCUACUACUACUUUAUCUAUUCAGGGACAACUACAACAAAAUGAAAUUGUCACGUUAGAUACUGAGACAAUGGAAAUCUGUAAUCGUCUUUUAGCUCUCAAUUUCUUAAAGUCUGUUUCGAUGGAAAAAGAGAAGAAGAAGAAGAAGAAAAAUAAGUUUGAUUUAUCUCUGUAUUAUGAAGUGCAGCAUAAUGUGUUGGAACGUUACUUACGAAAGACUCGUAUAAAAAGUGUCGAUUAUGGACAACCAACAACUAUUAUUGAGGAAAGUGGAAGCGAAGUUCAAGACAUGGCGUUAGAGGUGCCUCUUUCUUCUUCUUCUUCUCCGACAACGACGACGACAAAUGUAACUAGUACCUUGAAUAACUUGUUUGACCGAUUUAAACCGCAUAAAAAGAAAACUCUAAAUUCUAGUACAAAAGCCCAUGCUGAUAUGGUCGAAGCAGAUGAAGCUUACAAAAAAAGGAUCAAGAUAGCAGAGGAGAUGAGAAAAAGGCUUGAAGAAAGAAUGUUUGAUUAUUUUAAUGAAAUGGAACAAUUAGAAAUGGAUCGCAUCAAUGCAGUAAAGCAUGCCUUUGUAACUAUGUCUUCAACCUUAACUGAUACAUUGUCUAUGUUUAAAGAGACUUAUAAUCGUAUUACUCUCUUCCAAGAAACUUUAAAACCUGAACAAGAUAUUCAAUAUAUUAUUGAACAAUGUAAAACGGGUCCUUAUUGCCCUAAGCCCAUGAUUUAUGAAAACUAUUAUUAUGGCUCUGCAAUCAAUCAGCUAUUUGGUGUGCCUUUAGAAGAAGUAGCACAAAUAUAUGGAUCUUAUGUCCCGCCUAUCGUUACAAAAGGCAUUCAACUUAUAGAUGCAGGUCUUUCUCUAAAAAGAAAGGAUGAAAUGGAGAAAAGUAUUGAAGAUAUAUGGUGUAAUACAAUACCAAUGAAAGAAUUAAAUGUUAUAUGCGAUCAUCUUAAUGGCUUGGUCGGAACUAAUCUCAAGAAGACUUUAGCAACCUAUGAUUUACCUCUAUUAGCAAAUCUAAUACGAACCUAUCUUUUAGAAUUACCAGAAUGUUUAUUAACCUUUGAUCUUUAUGAGCCUAUAAAGAUUAUUUACACAACACAGCAAGAUACUGAAAGUCGAUUGGUGUCUGUUAGUAAAUUAUUAGCCACUUUACCAUCAACCAAUUAUCAUACUUUAAAAGCCUUGAUGCGUCAUUUAUUCCAGAUAUUGAAACCCUUAGAGAGCAAUAACAUACUUAAUCAAUUGAUAUCUAUCUUUGGUCAUAUCCUUAUGCGGCCCUGCACUUAUUCAGCAUCCAGCAUACAUGAUCGACAUCCUAAAAAGCUAGUUCGAGAUUUACUGACUCAUUACGAUAUUAUCUUUACAAAGGAUAUGAAUCAAGCACAGCAAUCAAGCGCAAAUCGAUCGACAAUUAUUGCUGACCCGUCUUCUUCUUUUCUUAUUCUUCCAUCAAGCUCACAUACAGAUAAUGACAGCAAAGAAUCACACAAUAAUAAGGAAAAAACAAAUGUUGAGUCUGUGCUUCGACGCACAUUAAUGAAUAUUAUGAGACGUAAUUCUGCAGAAAUUGGCUCACAUGAGCAGCAGCAACAACAACAACAAAAGGAAGAUGAGACUCCUAAAAGCCCUAAUAGUACAGGUCCACCUGUUGUACCCCAUGCAACCAGACUAACAUUAUUUGAAGACCCUGAGAAAAGUCACCCAACAACUCCUAAACAUUCAGGCACGACCACGCCACAAGAAGAAGAAGAAGCUCUUUCAGCAACCAGUUAUCAUGAUAUGACCACACUCAAUGAUUCUCAUCAUCUUCUAUCAACUACUGAUGUGAGUCUGAUCUUGGAUAUGAAAGAGGAUGAUGCAGUUGAAUUACCUGAUAAAGAAGACGUUCAUAAAAUAAUAAUAACUCCAAACCGUUCUCGUGCAUCUACAAGAGGAACAAUGGAUAACAUUGAUUUGGAUCCUUUUUUUGACGAUAAUUGA